AUGAGCAUCUUGCUGGGUCAGAUUGCAUCUCUAGCCCCGGUGCUGCAGAAGGCGACGGCAGCGAUGGAUGGGUUCCAAAUGCUCAGCACCAGGAUCUGCCGCAGGCUGUGGAAAGCAGACGACACCCAGCUGUCUACGGAAGUGGUGCCUGGUGGCUCAGUGAAAAGGAAGCCUUCCACCAACAAGAACAUCAAGAAGCUGCGCACCAUCUGCAUGGUGCCCAGCUUGACCCGGAGCUGGCAGAACUGGGUGUCCAAAGUCAAGGACAAGUAGGCCAAGGAGCCUGUGGGCUGGGCUCCUGACGCCCUAAGAGAGCUUUGGGACGAACCACCAAAGACGCCAAGCACCACUAAAUUAGCAACUUGGGAGAAGAGGGUUUGUCGCAGUCAGGAUCUCACCACUGGCACCAACCUACCUGUUGAUCAGAACAACCCUUCAGCUGACCAGCAGGAGUCCCAAGGCAGUUCUCCUCCUUCCCAAUCGGUGGAUAAAAGGAAGACUCUGCUAGUGCUUCAAGGAGAGUCCCGGAUCAAGACCAAGCAGGUGGUGAAGACUGUGACCAGCAGCAUUCAGGAGAGGAGUGUGCGCAUUACAUUUCUGACCAAGCGGAUUUGUAAGGAGGCUCCACCACCAGGGGAGGAGAUAGACAGAAUGCUGAGCAAGAGGGAGUCGCCCACACUCCGCAGAAAGUGCUCCGAUGUGUUGGAGCUGACCUGCAGCUGGAAGGAGAAGGAGCAGAAUGUACCGACAGAGGGAGAAUUUGGAGAUGGGCGCACCUGUAGCGUGGACACAGAGGAUAGUCGGUACUCUGAGGCAGAGGAAAGGGCCCUUGAGGCAGAGAGCGGUCAAGGUAAACCUGGACAGAUAGACAGCUCUAAACCAGGACAGACAAACCGCACUGAACCUGGACAGACAAACAGCACUGAACCUGGACAGACAAACAACACUGAAGCUGGACAGACAGACAGCUCUAAACCUGGACAGACAGACACCUCUAAACCUGUAAAGACAGAUAGCACUGGGUCAUCCGGGGAGGCCAAGCAGAGGGACAAUGACAGCGUCUCACCAAAAGGGAAAAUUGAGUCAUGGGUGAGGGUCAAAAUACCCUCCAUCUCAGUGGGCAGAAAGGAGUUGGAUGACGCCAACAGGAUCAACGCUCUCUCAAGGAAGUACAGUGCCGUGGGCGAUCUGAAGAGCCGCUGGCAGAACUGGUCCUCGACGCACACCGUCAACCAGAAGCUCAACCCCUUCAGUGAUGACUUUGACUAUGAAUACUCCAUGUCCCUACGCCUCCGCAAGGGCGAGGAGGGUUACGGACGUCCCAAAGAAGGCACGAAAACAGCCGAACGGGCCAGGCGAGCCGAGCAACACAUCCACGGUGAGAUAGCCGACAUGUGCUAUGUGAUCAGGACUAUGAACGAUCCAGAUCCCGACGGGAAGACCCGCGUCACUUUCAGAGAACUGUUUGAUAGAUACGUACGCAUCUCUGACAAGGUGGUGGGGAUUCUUCUGAGAGCCAGGAGGCAUGGGAAGGUGGCGUUCAAGGGGGAGAUGCUGUGGCAAGGGCAGGACGAUGGUGUUAUCAUCACCCUGUUGGUGUGACGUCAUCUGAGGUGGAACCAUACAGAACUAAGGAGACAUAAGUCCUUUUUAACAUUGAAUGAUUAUGCGCUGAUAGAUGUGGAUAUUCUUCUCAAUAGGAACUUAAACAAUUUGCUGCUAUGGUUUACUGAAGAUUUGAUAUCAGUAUCUAACUCAAUAUUGUAUGUUAUUUUGUUGCUUACAGCUGCAGUGUAUUUAUUUCCUGUGGGCACCAAAGGUAAUGCUUGAACUUGAUUGAUUUGUGUUGGAUUAAAGCUUUUUACUAGCUUUUAAAGUACAGUUUUCUGCGUCUUUAUAUUAUAUCUGAACUCAUGAAUCAUGUUAGAACAUCUAUUAAUAUAUGCCUAAUUAAUAGCUUCUUUGACUUGAGGAACAUUGUGUAGUUUAAACAGGGAUUGAGUUUCAUGAUGCACAGCACAAGCCAACUCUGAUGAGAUUUGGGAGACAUGAAAUCUGAGAUACAAAGGCUACA